CCCCGGUGCCUCACCUCCCCACGGCGGCGGCGGCGAAGACCCACGCAGUGACGUGGGCGGCCAACAUGGUCGUGCAGGAAGCCAUGCCGUCAGCGUACUACGACCAAGACGUCAACACGCUAGGCAUCUUCAGCCUGCAGCACAACGGCCGGCAGCACGGGAAGACGGACGGCGUGUGCUUCAACACGCUGGUGGCGCUUGUGCCCGACCACGUCCAACGCAACGAGGACGGAGAGAAGGUGAAGUGGACGGCGACGGGACUGCCGCCGCCCGUGGAGAACCCGCGAUACGUCUGGCACAAAGUCCAGAAACAAACGCUGAGAGAGAAACUGCUGGAGAAAACCAAAAACACGUCCAUCCUCCCCGUCCACAGUUUGUACUGACCAAAUACGCCAACAAGACUCUUGUUGUGAAAAGCUAGCUCUUAUUCUGAAAGGACAGGUCUUAAUUUUUGUGUCGGUGGGAGUGUCGAGGUUAAAUGUGCACGGAGCAAUAAAUAAUACGAAUAUUGAUGUUUGAUUUUAGACAAGACUCAAACUAUCCCCUGAAAAAAAG